AUGUCUUUGAUACCGUUUCUGCUUGAUUGCGACUUGGACCGGCUGGGGCCCCGUCGAUUGAUCGACCAGCAUUUCGGCUUGGCCCUGACUCCUGAAGAUAUUUUAACCGUACGCACCGGUCCUUUGUUAAACCAGGACUACUAUCGUCCAUGGAGGCACGUGGCUGCGGCCGCCCGCGAUUUCGGCUCCAGCAUCAAAUCGGACAAGGACAAGUUUCAAGUCAACCUGGAUGUUCAACAUUUCGCCCCCGAAGAGAUCUCCGUGAAGACUGCUGAUGGUUACAUCGUCGUAGAGGGGAAGCACGAGGAGAAGAAGGAUUCGCACGGAUACAUUUCGCGUCAGUUCACGCGGCGGUACGCCAUUCCAGAGGGCUGUUGUCCCGAAACCGUGGAGUCUAAGCUUUCCUCCGAUGGAGUGCUCACUAUCACCGCUCCGAGAAAAGUACCACCAGCAGUUCAGGGUGAGCGCAAGAUCCCUAUCACUCAAACUGGCCCGGUGCGGAAGGAAGUGAAGGAUCAAGCCAACGGCGACCAGCCCGAAAAG